CUACACUCCCACCCACAGACAGAGUAUAUGAAUACCCAUCCCAAGGGUGGUUCUGCAGUGGGUGAGCAGGGGAUUGCGGUGUGCUUGUGUCGGUGCCGUGUUGUGCGCUACCCUUUACGAGCCGUCACAGCGUGUUGAGCCCGAGAUCGCCGUUGCCUGAGUCCCCAUCCAACCACCAUGCCUGGCCACGCCAUCAAGAGCACCGGGCCCGACCCCGACCCCACCGAGUUCCUGUUCGUCUCCAUGGAACAGAAGAUGCUCGACCAGACCAAGCCUUACGACCCGAAGAAAUCCUGCUGGGUUCCGGACGAUAAGGAAGGCUACGUCGAGGGGGAGAUCCAAGGAGCGAAGGGCGAUACCAAGAUCAGCGUCCGCCUGAAGAGCGGCGAAGUCAAGGACUAUAAUAAGGACGCCGUGUCUCAGGUCAACCCGCCCAAGUAUGAGAAGGCUGAGGAUAUGUCUAACCUGACCUACCUUAACGACGCCUCUGUCUUGUACAACCUGAAGACCCGAUACAAGGCCAGGCUCAUCUACACCUACUCUGGCCUCUUCUGCAUCGUCGUCAACCCGUACAAGCGCUUCCCCAUCUACACCAACCGCACCGUCAAGAUCUACCAGGGCAAGAGGCGUAAUGAGGUGCCUCCUCACCUGUUCGCCAUUGCUGAUGGUGCCUACAUGGCUAUGAUUCAAGGUGGAAGUAACCAGUCCAUGCUUAUUACCGGUGAGUCUGGCGCCGGCAAGACCGAGAACACGAAGAAGGUGCUGUCCUACUUCGCCAACGUCGGCGCUUCUGGGAAAGUGAAGGAAGGCGAAAAGAAAAAGAAUCUGGAGGAUCAAAUUGUGCAGACGAACCCCGUCUUGGAGGCCUUCGGUAACGCCAAAACCGUCAGAAACGACAACUCUUCCCGUUUCGGAAAGUUCAUCCGUAUCCACUUCGCCCCCAACGGCAAGCUCUCCGGCGCUGAUAUCGAGGUGUACCUGCUGGAGAAGGCUCGCGUCAUCUCCCAGCAGUCACUCGAGCGCUCCUACCACAUCUUCUACCAAAUGAUGUCCGACCAGAUCGUAGAAAUUAAACCUAUAUGUCACCUGAGUAACGACAUCUACGACUACCAUUAUGUGUCCCAGGGGAAGGUCACAGUUCAGUCUAUUGACGACAGAGAGGACAUGCAGUUUACUCACGACGCCUUCGAUAUUCUGAACUUCACCCAUACUCAGAGAGACAACUGUUACAGGAUAACGGCAGCUGUUAUGAACUUCGGUUGUUUGAAGUUCAAACAGCGAGGUCGCGAAGAGCAAGCUGAACCAGACGGCACCGAUCCUGGUAUCAUCAUUGGAAAACUGCUUGGUGUUGACGGCGAGGAGCUUUACAAGAAUUUAUGCAAGCCUAAGAUUAAGGUCGGCGCUGAGUUCGUGACUCAGGGCAGGAAUGUAGAGCAAGUGCUGUACUCUUGUGGCGCCUUAGCCAAGGGUCUCUUCGACCGCUGCUUCAAGUGGCUGGUCAAGAUGUGCAACAUCACUCUGGAGACUGGCCAGAAGCGAGCUAUGUUCAUCGGAGUGCUCGACAUUGCAGGAUUCGAGAUCUUCGACUUCAACGGCUUCGAGCAGAUCUGCAUCAACUUCUGUAACGAGAAAUUGCAGCAGUUCUUCAACCACCACAUGUUCGUGCUUGAGCAAGAGGAGUACAAGGCCGAGGGCAUUGACUGGGUCUUUGUCGACUUCGGUAUGGAUCUUCAGGCUUGCAUUGAGCUCUUCGAGAAGAAACUUGGUAUUCUCGCCAUUCUUGAAGAAGAGUCUAUGUUCCCGAAGGCUACUGACAAAUCUUUCGAAGAAAAGCUGAAGACCAACCAUCUUGGGAAGUCCCCUGUGUUUGUGAAGCCUAAGCCUCCCAAGCCCGGCCAGGCCGAGGCCCACUUCGCCAUCGUCCACUACGCCGGCACGGUACCCUACAACCUUUCUGGCUGGCUCGAGAAGAACAAGGACCCCCUCAACGACACCGUCGUGGACCAGCUCAAGAAAUCUGUCAAUGAACUGACUGUGGAGCUUUUCGCUGAUCACCCCGGGCAGUCGGGCCCACCUGAGGCUAAGGGCAAGGGCGGGAAGAAGGCAGCCACAGGAUUCAAGACGGUGUCCUCCGGCUACAAGGACCAGCUCAACAACCUCAUGAGGACGCUGAACUCCACCGAGCCGCAUUUCAUCCGCUGCAUCGUGCCGAACGAAACCAAGUCUCCAGGCGUUGUCGAAGCCGCUCUCGUCAUGCACCAGCUGACCUGCAACGGCGUGCUCGAGGGCAUCCGUAUCUGCCGCAAGGGCUUCCCCAACAGGAUUCCCUAUCCAGACUUCAAGCAUCGCUACAAGAUCAUCGCCCGGGAGAUGUCAGACAUGACAGAUAAUAAGAAGGCUGCAAAGACUUGCUUCAAGAAGGCUGGCCUGGACGACGAAUUGUACCGUCUGGGCCACACUAAGGUGUUCUUCCGCGCCGGUGUCCUGGGUUCGCUCGAGGAGAUUCGUGAUGACUGUCUCGGCAGGAUCAUCACCUAUCUUCAGUCGUGGAUCCGCGGAUUCACCAGCCGCAUCGGCUAUCGGAAACUUCAAGAGCAGCGAGUUGCUCUCGUCGUCGUCCAGCGGAACGUGAGGAAGUUUAUGGCCAUGGCCAACUGGUCUUGGUUUAUUCUCUGGCAACGAGUGAAGCCACUCCUCCACCAGGAGCGCAUUGAAGACGUGAUUCGUGCCCUGCAAGACCGGGCUUCUUUGGCUGAGGAGAACCUCAACCGCGAACUUACGAAGCGCAAAGAACUUGAGGAAGCAAACCUUUCGCUUGUCGAGGAGAAAAAUAACCUUAUGCUUACCCUAGAAUCAUCUAAGGGAAAUAUUGCUGAGUUCAUGGAGCAGCAGGCCAAACUUACGACGCAGAAGAACGAUCUGGAGGCACAGCUAAACGACGCAUCAGACCGGUUGCAGCGGGAGGAGGAAGCGCGCUCCAAAUUGUUCCAGGAUAAGAAAAGAGGAGACCAAGACGUUCUGAACAUGAAACGAGAUGUUGAGGACUUUGAGGUAAAUGUUCAGAAAAUAGAGCAAGAAAAAUCUACCAAGGAUCAUCAGAUCCGCACUCUCAACGACGAGAUCGCACACCAGGAUGAGCUCAUCAAUAAGGUCAACAAGGAGAAGAAGCAGCUGCAGGAAAUGAACCAGAAGACAGCUGAGGACCUGCAGAACAUCGAGGACAAGGCCAACCACCUGAACAAGGUCAAGGCGAAGCUGGAGCAAACCCUGGACGAGCUGGAGGACUCAGUAGAACGGGAGAAGAAAAUGCGAGCGGAAGUCGAGAAAAACAAGAGGAAGAUUGAGGGCGACCUGAAGCUGAGCCAGGAAGCCGUUGGCGACAUGGAGCGCAAGCACCGAGAGCUGGAGCAGACUAUUCAGCGUAAGGACAAAGAGCUGGGAUCCCUUGCCUCUAAGCUCGAGGACGAGCAAGGGCACGUAUCCAAAGUGCAGAAGUCCAUCAAGGAGCUCCAGUCUCGCAUUGAGGAAGUCGAGUCCGAGGUCGAGCACGAACGCCAGGCGCGCGCCAAGGCGGAGAAGUCGAAGAGCAAUCUGUCGCGCGAGCUGAUGGAGCUCAACGAGCGUCUGGACGAGGCCGGCGGCGCCACGGCUGCCCAGAGCGAGCUGAACAAGAAGCGCGAGGCCGAGCUGGCCAAGCUGCGCAGGGAGCUCGAGGAGUCUACCAUCCACCACGAAGCGGCUCUCGCUGUGCUGCGCAAGAAGCACACCGACGCCAGCGCAGAGAUGUCGGACCAGAUCGAUCAUCUCAACAAGUCGAAGGCCAAGAUUGAGAAGGAAAAGGAACUUCUGAGGUAUCAGGCAGAUGAAGCAAAGGCAGCGAUGGAUUCUCUCACCCGCGACAAGGCCGCCGCCGAGAAGGCCAACAAGGGCAUUCAGAAUCAAAUCCUCGAAGUGAGCUCCAAGCUGGACGAGGCCGCUCGCACUCUCAACGACUUUGACGCCGCCAAGAAGAAGUUGGCGAUCGAGAACGGGGAUCUCCUGCGCCAGCUGGAGGAAGCUGAGAGUCAGAUCCACCAGCUGAACAACCUCAAGUCGUCCCUCACGACCCAGCUAGAGGACACCAAGAGGGCUGCCGAAGACGAAGGAAAGGACCGAUCUAUUUUGCUUGGCAAAUUCCGCAACUUGGAGCAUGACCUCGAUGGCCUUCGCGAGCAGCUGGAGGAGGAGAGCGAGGCCCGGGCCGACGCCAACCGUAUGCUGUCCAAGGCCAACGCUGAGGACUACCUGACUGAUAGAACUCAGAUAACAGUUUUCAAAGGAGAAAGCUCCUCUUCUAGCAUAAUUGCUCUUGGUGUUCCACAAAGCAGUGUCCUAGGUCCAGGUCUUAGUCUACAUACAUGA